UCAAUAAAUAUACUUGUGCUACAACAGUAUUUCACCACAAUUUUCCUUUUGGAUUUAACAAAACUACAACCGACAGUACGUUGUCAAACGGCUAACAGAACAGACGUUCUCCUUUAAAAUAUCUAAAUAAAUUUUUGGAACUAAACUUCAACAAAAACCUAAAACAAAAUGGCCACCGUUAAGGAAAAUCUCAUGAACCAAGUUGCCGAAGUAUUGCCCUCGGGUGGCAACAAGGUUACCAUUGUUGGUAUCGGUCAAGUCGGUAUGGCUUGCGCUUUCAGUAUUUUGGCACAAAAUGUCUCCAGCGAAGUCUGUCUCAUGGAUGUGUGCAAAGACAAGUUGAUGGGUGAAAUGAUGGAUUUGCAACAUGGUUCCAACUUCUUGAAGAAUCCCAAGAUCACCGCCAGUACAGAUUAUGCCGAUUCGGCCAACUCCAGAUUGUGCAUUGUCACCGCUGGCGUCAGACAAAAGGAGGGCGAGUCUCGUUUGUCGUUGGUACAGCGUAACACUGACAUUUUGAAGCACAUCAUUCCUAAAUUGGUUGAAAACAGUCCCGAUACCAUUCUUUUGAUGGUCUCCAAUCCUGUGGACAUCAUGACCUAUGUUGCCUGGAAAUUGUCUGGUUUGCCCAAGAACCGUGUCAUUGGCAGCGGCACCAAUUUGGAUUCGUCUCGUUUCCGUUUCUUGAUGUCUCAACGUUUGGGUGUUGCCCCUACCUCUUGCCACGGCUGGAUUAUUGGUGAGCACGGUGAUAGCUCCGUGCCCGUAUGGUCUGGUGUCAACAUUGCUGGCGUGCGCUUGCGUGAAUUGAACCCCAGCAUUGGCUCUAGCGAAGAUCCCGAGAAAUGGAAUGAGGUGCACAAACAAGUUGUCGAUUCAGCCUAUGAAGUCAUUAAGCUAAAGGGUUAUACCUCCUGGGCUAUUGGUCUCAGUACUGCUUCCUUGACUUCAGCUAUCUUGAGAAAUACUAGCGCCAUUGUUGCUGUUUCUACCUCUGUUAAGGGUGAACAUGGCAUUGACAAAGAUGUUUUCCUUUCUCUUCCUUGUGUAUUGAACGCCAACGGUGUUACCCAUGUUGUCAAGCAAAUCUUGACCCAAACCGAAAUCGAUCAAUUGCAAAAGUCAGCCAACAUUAUGUCUGAAGUACAAGCUGGUCUUAAAUUCUAAGUUAAUCACAAACCCAACCCAAAAACCUUUUAGUAAAUUAGAAACAAAAAAACACAAAAAUACAACUCAAAGAUUUAUUUACAUGAGUAUACAAACUAAACUGUAUCUAACUAAAAUGUUCUUUAAGGAAUAUAAAUACAUAUUUUUAAGUUUUAAAUUUUAUUAUUUUUAUUAUUUAUAAUUUUUAUUUGCUUAAGUUUUCUUUGUAUUAUUAUUUCUUAAUUUAAUUUUCAGUGUUAAGAGUUUUUAUCAUUGAAAACAAAUAAAUUUUAUGAUUUUCUUUUAAUUUAACAAACAAAUGAA